AUGGCUAGGCUCCUAAGUGGAACCUUCAUUGGUGCAAACAUGAAUGCUUGUUUGCUGAGGGACAACUUUGACAUCCAUUUUUGGCACAAGGUUGUAGCCUUCUACAGAGUGGUCACCUUGAAGAAUGUCUCAGAAUUUGGUGUUCGUCCAUUCAAUCUUAUACAACAGAACAGGCCUAUAAUUUUUUGGAGGAUGGCCACACCGUCUGAAGAGCUUGUGAUUUAUGGUCAAUUUGAACGCUCUGCAGAGGAGGAGGUUCCAAAGUUAAGUUUCCGAGAUGUGUUUUAUGGAAACGUUAAUCCUCGUGGGAAAUUUGAGAUCCUAUUGUGGAGGUCUCGGAUUCCGCCUUACUAUAGCUAUUUUAGCUCUUCUGAGAUCCGAGAGGUAAAAACUGCAGCUGCCAAGAGGAAGCGUUCUGUGAAAAAUGGAUUAAUGCUUUGUUAA